GCUUAUGUGAAAAGUCGAAACUUCGAAACGUCAGCUUUUGGUGGAAAAUCUACAGUCGUCAACUUUGAGUUUCAACAAGAGAAAAUGGUUUCAAGUUGUUAGUCAUGCUAUUCACGGGCUAGGGAGAGAAGGAAAGUUGGAAAGAGCUACCUUGCCGUUUAUGACUGGACAAAAAUAUGGACGUUUCCUCUCGGUUAGCUUGUUCUCAGGCUCUCUCUCCUCUGCCUCCCAACGACGAAAGGGAGGCAAAGGAGAGAGAGCCUGGUACGAGGUUGGAUCUGAGUAUCAGGUAUAAACAUUCAAAAGAAUUACAAAUUGAAAACUAUAAGGCAGAAAAGUGUUAUCUUGUGAAAAAUCACAAACGUUUCAGGCAUAGCCCUUCUUUAGUGUGAAACCCAAAUACAUGUAUCAGUAUACGAGUAUCAGGUAGCCUGCGAGCAGGCUCUUCGUGAGGAAAGAAAGAUGGAGAGGAAAGGGGAAGGAGCAAUCCUACCGUGUUUGACUGGACGAAGAAAAAUUGACGAGUGUCGUUCUCCGCUAAGCUAUUUAAAGAUCGAGAGCCUGUUCGUAGGCAAGCGAGCCCAACGACUCCGCGGUCAGCGGUCUGUUAGCCCAUUGUUAAAUUUGAUGUGGUUGCUAGGCAACAGUUUGCAAUAAGAGACGAUCGGCGAAGAGAUCAAAAUGGCGGCUGCAACAGCGCGGCAAAUUCCCGUUGUAAAUAACGUGAUAACAGACGAAGACUUCGAAAAGUUGCGGACCGAAGGAAAGCAUUCUGGCAAACUUGUUCCAGUUAGCGUUCUCAAAACACACAAACUUCUCACAGACAAACACUCGAAAGAACUGGUAGAUCGUCAUGUACGAGCCAUCCACAGACUUACCAAAUACUUCUGUCAUGGAUUUCUCAUGAAAGAUGUUGACUUGGUGUGUGACAUGAUCACAGUUUGUAGAGAAAGAUUAGAGACAGACCUGCAAUACGAGAAACCUUUAUGUGACUUGAUUAAAGUCUGUGGGUUAGUAUCUGAUACAUGUACAUAUCCAUGGUGCUCAUUAGGAUUUCCUGCUAAGUACCACUAUCUGAUUAAACUGUGUUUGCUUAUUAUAGCGCUGAACUGUGAUGACAUGCUGUCAGUUAGUGCAGCCGGUUUGUUGUGCAGUGGAAUUAAUAUCCCAGACCCCUCUGCCAGGCUUGUUUUCCGAACUGUUGAGAUUCUCUGGAACUUAUUGGAAUUUGGUUCUAAACAGGAGGUGAGUUGAAGAAAUGNGUGCAGCAAAGAAAUUCAUGCAAUAAGAGAUGCCUUUGUCAGACAACUCAAAGAAGGUUACAGCCUGGCUGAUAAACAGCUGAGAAAUGAUUUGCUGGUAAUUGCGUCACUGGUUGUAUCUCUCUGUCCAACCUCUCCUUUUAUGGAAACUGGUUUUACCAAGCUGAUUGUUUUACUGGCAACUUUCACGGAAGUUAAAAGCCAUCAUGAACUGGUGAGGAAUCUUAAACUCUACCAGACCCAUGAGGACUUUGAAUUCAAGAAACUACUCAUGAGCAUUUUAGUGUUGCUGAGUGCAGAUUCUGCCAGCUUUGCGAUUUUUUCUGAAGGACGCGUCGUUUUGUCGCUGUUUUCAUUUGUGCGAGCAAAUGACAACACCUCCACCUCUGAGUGGUCCCCAGCACAGUUUGAAGAGCUGCAAUUACAGGCGCUAGAUACAUUAAGUACUGUUGCACCACUGUGUUUGGAGGAUUACAUGACGUGUCAGAGUAACACUAGAUUACUGAUGCUGCUUGAGUGGUGUGUGGGACAAGCCGACUAUGGUGGUCAUGGCAACAGUUUCCAUGGCUCUGGUGGUCGUGGUAACAAGCGGGCUCAGAUGCGGUAUUGUCUGCGGCUCAUCAGAGGCAUGGUGUCAGUGGGAGAUGAUGGCUUGAAUCAGGAUCUUGUUGAUCAAGGAGCCAUCAAUCAGAUUGUUGGAAUCCUUUUGAAUGCCAGCACCAGUACUGAUGAGAAUGACCUCGUUGAUGUUGAAAUGCAGUGUGACAUGUUGUUUAUUGUGGCUUCUCUUUGUGAAGGAGACACACACAAGAAGGAACUGUUCGGUGCUCAAGGAGUGCAGGUGUUAGUUGAAUAUCUGAAGAGGGAUCCUAACAAGAUCAACAGCCCGCUGGGACAUCAUCAGCUACUGCUGUCUGCAGUAGACUGUGUGUGGUCUGCUGUACUGGGAUGUUAUCUGACCGAGCAGCUUUUUCUUGAGAACGAUGGAGUGUUUCAUCUCAUGGAUUUAUUACAGGUAACUCAAACUAAUUGCCAUCAAAUGCACCAAAGCACAAGCUGUCACGCAACCCUUUGUCAUCUUUCUGCUGGCUUCCGCAAUGCCUCAGCCAAUCAAAGAGCAUCAAAGAGCCACACGUGCGAAUUGUUUAAUGAACGCGUGGUUUCUUUGACGUCUUCGCAAGCUGUCGCUCAACCCUUGGCUUUGCCAUCUUUUUACUGGCUUUCGAACUGCCUCGGCCAAUCAAAGAGUAUCAAAGAGCCACACGUGCAAAUUGCUUUAUGUGUUGCACAGGCUCUGGCGCAUGUACAGGCCUGGCGAGGGGAAAAGCAGAUUACAGCCGGCAAACUACUGGUGGAGUUGUGGAAAAAGGAGGAGUCAAACAUGGGUGUACCACGUGAUAAAACGGGCAAAAUAACAGACCUCAAGCGGCCUCUCAUGGGAACUGUCCAAGAGCGCCAAGGUGUCAUUCCGUUACCCGCUGACCGGCCUAGCCAAGCGAUCGUGGACGUGUCUGAAAACAUGAGAGCAAAACUGUACUCCAUGUUUUGUAAACUUGGGUUUAACGCAGUUCCUGGUCUAUCAACUCUGGAUUAUGUCACAGUUGCUGUAAUCGAGAAAUAUCUCGACUUUAAGAUGCUGGAAGUGUGGCAUGAGAUUAAGGUGGAGCUUGAACAAGAAAACAUCAGACCCGUUUCUCCAGACGUCGACAACAUGAUGGAAAUCACCAGGAUACUGAACGAUAGGGCGGCAGGAGUGUCAGCUACUCAGAAUCAGCUAUUGCAAGCUCAGAGAAAUCAGGAACUUAUCGAGGAAGAGGAGUAUUACGAGUUUGUAAAGGAAAAUCAUCGCCAGGAGGAGAAGGCUUUCAAGGAUUUUUGUGAUUUUGUGGACAGAACAUCUGAUUACACAGUUCUCACGGCAGCGAAACGAAAGCAGUUAAGCGCCAUAGACGCUUCAAGGCUUCAAGGAAUACCAACAGGGACACAUCAUGACGCACUACAGGAAGACCUUAACACAACGACUUUCUGUGGCAGACAAGUGGAAAUCGAGAGCACACCACUUGAAAUAACAAGAACGAUCCUCGAUACGACCUCAACGGACGAGGACAAAAAGACUCUUGUUGUAGCGUAACUGAGAGUCGGCCUCAACAAUGGCUCGAAUGUCACUGAAAUUGGGGAACAUUCCGAAUAGAACCCACAAAAAUUAUUGUAAAUAAUAUAUCAGGUGUAGAUUGUAAAUAAGUUUAGUUGUCGCCAUCAGGCUUGUGAGGAUUUUUUAAAAAAUUAAUGUGUUUUCAUAUCACUUGUACAUAAAAAGCUAGCAUUAUAGUUGGCGUUCUGAAGAAGCCGAACUCUGCUGUAAAGAUGUUCGAUGGCGAAGUAAACAUCUGUGUAGUGUUAUUUAUAUUGUACAAAAUGAAAAAUGAGUCAUGAA